CGAUUCACACCUUUUCCCACAAUUUCAACCUCUGUUUGUCUCUUGACCUUUCCCCGCGAAAGGACAAUCUUGUCUUGGUCUUGAAGGCACCGGUCCUUCUGAUUCUCCCGUGGGACUGUCUCCUCCCGAUGGGCGGAUCCCUCGACGCCGCCCAGGACAGUGGACGCUGUCGAGCUCGAUGACGAUGGCCCCUCCGAGCGGGUCGGCAGUGUACAAGAAGAAAGAUGGCACCCUGACCAUGUCGCCGGACCAGCAGUCGGUCUCCUGGAUCCCGGCGGCUGGAGGUGCGACGGGGACGAUCACGAUCUCGGUGGCUCAGAUAACGAAUUUACAACAGACCCCCGCGACUAGCCCCAAAGUAAUGCUGAAGAUCCACGUCCUCCCUCCCAACGCACCGGACAACACCCCCGAACAGUACGUCUUCAAUUUCACAGCCGGAGCGAAUGCGCGAGCCGAGGCGGAUGCCAUCAAAGAUGCGCUCAGUGCGGCCAUUCAGGCUGCGAAAGCCGCUCAGGCCGCGCCCACCCCUCCUGUAGCUGCUGCUGCUGCUGGCAGCGCCGGCGGAGGCUCCAACGAAGGCGUCUCCGCGGCGAUGGCGAUGGCGAAUGCGAUCACGGCCGGAGGGAGCUACGAGAAGCCGUGGGACGAUGACAAGCGACUCCAGGGCGACAUGGAGCUGCAGCAGUCGCUGCUCAAGUCGAACCCGCAGCUGCAGCGCAUGUUCAUGGAGUCGAUGGGCACCAAGCCCGAGACGCUCUCCGCGGGCCAGUUUAUGAAGCAGUUCUGGUCGACACGGCUGCACCUGCUGCGCGCCCACGCGAUCGAGCGAUCGCAGACGCGCGGCUCCUACAACGUGCUGUCGACGCUCAAGCCGCGGGUGGAGGACAGUGUGACGAAGCUCAACAUCAGCAAGGAGCAGAUCCAGCUGAUCUUCAACCAGCACCCGCUCGUGAAGCAGGUGUACGACGAGAACGUGCCCAAGCUGAGCGAGACGCAGUUCUGGUCGCGCUUCUUCCAGAGCCGGCUGUUCAAGAAGCUGCGCGGCGAGCGGAUCUCCGAGACGGACGCGACGGAUGCAAUUUUGGAUAAGUAUCUCAAGGCCGACGAGCAUGGGAAUCUGCGGGAUGCGCAGGUCCCGCACUUUUUGGAUUUGGCAGGCAACGAGGUCAAUCACAGUCAGCGGCGCGGCAAUCGCCCCGAUCUCGACAUGCGACCGUCCUCCGUGGACAAGGUCCCGAUCAUCCGGACGCUGAACAACCUGAGUGAGAAGAUUAUGGCGAACGUCGCGCCGGCCGAUGCGAUCCCGCAAGCGAAUGGCGACGCGGAGGAUGAUACGUACAACGAGCUGCAGCUGCGGGAUCUGCGGGGCGACGAGGAGCAACGGCGCAUCCUGCUGAAUGUGAAGGACCAGAGCCGCUUUUUCUCGUCGCAAUCCAAGACGAAUGAGGAUGAGGAGAGUCGGCUAUUCGCGCAGCAGGAUCCAAAGCAGAUCCUGGACAACUUGCGUGGUGAGGUUGACCAAAACCUGCCAGAGGGUGGAAUCGUGCCUCUGGGGCGCCUAGUGGAACCCGAGGAGGACGAUGACGGCGAUGAAACCAAGCAGGCCAGCCGGGUGGGCUCCCGAGCCAACUUAAAACGUGCAUCAAGUCAGAUCCUCGAGGCCAUCCGGGACCGCCGCACGCAGACCGAGGUGUCAGCGAUCUCCGGCACAUUCGGCCUGUCGAGUGCGCUGUACGAUCGACUCACGCUGACGCAUGCGACCUCGACCGAAUUCUUGCACCAGUUCUGGCAAGCAUUCCUGUCGGGGAACCCCGACCGUGCGGGGGAAGUGGCCUCGUUGGUCGAAUCGCUCAACCGGGCCAUGGACCGCAUCAAGGCCGUGCAGCAAGACGCAGAGGCGGAGCGACAGGUGGAAAUGAACCGACUGCGGCGACACGCCCGAGAGGUGCUGGAGGCGACGGGCAAGAAAUUGCGGAUCAACUUGACGAAUGUCGCUGGCGGGGAGCAGGCCGUGACCCGAUUAUUGGGGCCGACGAUCCGCGCAUUGGAAACGGCGCUGACGAAGUAUAAGGACGCGUUAGCCGAGGAAAUGAAGGAGAUGCCUCCCGCGUGAGCUUGGAAUUGGAGGGAACCAUGUAUGAUAGAACUAGACAUAAAAAUGAUGUGAAAUAUAGCUCCUCAAUU